UUCCGAAUUCAAUGAAAAAAACGCCUUCUGGAAGUGCUGCACCAAAAUACAAAAAGUACAUUUAUUAUGACGAAUUAAGCUUCCUAGCUCCAACAGUUGAGAAUGAAGUUGAUGAAUCACUCAAUGAAACCAUACCCUCCCCUUCCCUUCCCUUAGCAAAUAUAGAUAACACAUUGGAUAGUAGGGUAUCUUCAGAACACUCUCAAGAUUCUGAUAUAUUCACGCAGCAAGUUUUUUCAAACACUCAGCAGGGUGAGCAGAAUGACCGUGGUGUUGAUUCACCAUCAUCACAAAUACCUUGGCUGGAAAAGAGAAAAAGAAGGGCCCCGAAAACAAAUCCAGAAAGUUCUCCUUUUGAAAAAGAAUUAUUAACUUUAUUAAGUAAUCAAACACCAGAUGUUGCCGCAGACGACCUGGCUUUUUUUGCUUCUUUAGGUCCAAUUUUAAAAAGUUUUGAUGUAGGACAAAAGCUGGAGUUUAGAUCGAGAGUGCUGCGCGAAGCCACGAAUAUUCGAAAUUAGAACAGACCAAAUAGCUCAAAUAGCUCUUAAUCUAAUGACGCAAGAUCUACAUUCGACACGUAUGCAUCAUCAUACAAUUAUCAGACUCCAGGUUACUCAGGGUACGAAACCAAUGAUGCAAAUCCAGGUAACUCUGGUUAUCAAACAGCUAGACGUACUGAUGAAUAAUUAUAUUAUGUUUAAUUACUAAUAAUAUGUAAUUUGUUUUUUUUGUCUUUCCUAUAAUAUGAAACAUUAUAAUAAUAAAUAUGUUGUUUUGUCACCUACAAUUUACCAUGAAUAAAUAUAAUGAUAAAAUGAGUAAAUAUAUUUUUUUCUUACCUUAAAGUCACCAUUAGUCGUUCAAUCGGUAAUAGGCACGAUUCGUAAGCUGCAAUGGACCAGUUUAUCUUUGCCAGUAUUUCGUCAAAGUUCUAGUUGACAUUCGAAAGUAAUUAAAGAAUUUACUUUCGUCAGCCCUCAAAGUGCCAUAUAACAAGACAAAUUCUCCUGCAACGGCUCUCUGCUCAAUCAAUGGAUGAACAUGGAGUCUUCGUCGUCGCCGGUUUUUAUUUUUUUGGGAUAGAUAGUACAAAGCAGCAAUAAUUAACACACUCCGCAUUUUGGUCGUCGUCUGUACAGUAUGGCGGUCAGUACGAUACUAAAACGAGCCACGCUGAGCCUCAGUGCUGACAAACUACGCGCUGAGCUAUGAGCGCUGACGGUGAGCGUGAGACUAAAAUCAGCCUUAUAUCCGAAAUACAAGCUCGUCCUGCAAUAUGGGUGGUUAAACUUGUAGCUCACAAAAAUAAAGUAAUUAUUAAACGUUUAUGGGCAGAAAUUCCAAGAAUGUACAGGUACCUAACUAUUUUAUUGUUAUUUAUACAAGGCAUUACUGCAGAUCAAAUAAAUUAUAAAAUGCAUUCUCUUCAUUUAUUUAUUGUGGGCUGCGCAUAAUCCCUGUUAAUAGUUAUCUGUGCGCAUAAUGAUCGCUUGGCUGAGGCGCCAAAACCGAUAAAAUCAGCGACGGCUGUUGGAAACAAUUGAAGAAAUGCCUAAAUUGUUGUUCAUUCAACAUUUCAGACUUAAUAAAAGAGAUUUUAGGAAAUAAUAAAGGUAAGAAAUUUAACAUUACUUUUUUAGCAACUGAGUCAUACCAGAAAAUUAUGGGUGUACUCUGUAAACAACAUGUCGCUGCAUCAGGGAAGUUGUCAACGCCCUUAAUCACAAUUGGAUGGUCAGCAGGUGGGUAGUGUUACCAUAAACGCCACACGAGAGGUCCUUAAUCAAAGAGAAGUAUGUAAAUAUAUUUUUAAAUAGCUAAUUAAAAAUAUCAUUAGGUUCCUACAUACCUAAUUAAUUAGGGGAAGAUAGGGCAAUCGUGGUCAGCGGGUAACAGUAGUCAUGGGCUUCAUCAAUAAGGUACCGUGUGAAGAACCCGAUUAUUGUCGAGGAAAUACAAAAAAGUACUACCUUUUUUCGUCGUAUUUUUAAUACAAAAUAUAACCUUUCAUUUGGCACUCCAAGAACGGACGUAUGUGUCACUUGAUUAAGAUUUUCUGAAGAAAUGAAAGUUAAAAAAGAUGACAAUGCACGCCUCAGCUUAAUGACUGCGAAAAACAUUUGAACUUACUUAAAGUUCCUGACCAGGUGGCAUAUUAUCUGAGAAAUGUUGACUUAUACAAUUUCACAAUAGUAGUUGGCUCUUCAAAAAGUAAAUUACUUCCUGAGAAUGUUUUCGCAUACUGCUGGACUGAGGAGAGUAACCCAAAGCUGCGAAUGAAAUUGCUUCAGCCGUAUAUCACAGGCAUCACAAAAGUACGUCUUAGGGCGGAUGGAUGUGUGAGUUUUAGAAAAUCGCCCGAUUGCUCCCGCAGCGUCAGGUAGUGGGCGACCAGCUGAAGUACAGACGGAGGAGCGUAUUUUAGAGGUCAUCCGUCGAAAUCCAUGCCUAGGCACACGCAGCGCUGCUAAGUUGCUACGACGGCGUAAUGGAUCAGUCGUCUCUCACUGGCUGGCGCAUAAAGUGUUACGGCGUGAUAGAAUGCGCCCGUACAUGGUACAUAAAGUACAUGCGUUGGUUCCCGGUGACCGUGAGCGUCGUCUUAAUUAUUGCCGCUGGCUAGUGGACCAUCAGCAACGGAGUAGGUUCAUUGAGCAUGUCAUCUGGACGGACGAGGCGACAUUCACAAGGAACGGUCUGUGGAACAGAAGGAACG